CAUUUUCAGCGAACUGGGUGUCCUAAACGCAGCGGAGCGCGUAGGAAAUAGGUCACAAGCGCGAUAGGGAAAGACACGGACGGAUCUUCGUCAAAACAAGGAAUCCGUAUUUUUCAAGCGUCAUUUUUUAUAUUUCGCAGCAUUUGAGAGCCUAAUGCGCGUGAUCAGUUGUCCUGCUCGGAUGAGGUUUUCCAGUUGUGCAGGCCCGGGUUGAUGUGAAAGCGAUCGGACUUUUUCACAAGACAGAGUAAACACAGCAAGCCAGAAUGAAGAGGGGUCUAAAAGAAGAUGAGGUAGACAGUUCCACGAGUGGGGGUAUGGAGGAGGCCUCGAAGAGGGUGCGCCCACUGGAAGAGGAUCUCCAGGAUGCAGCCUCCAACUGGGGCUGCCUGCCCCAGGAAAUCCUGCUGCACAUCUUCCAGUACCUGCCCCUGCUGGACCGGGCCUACGCCUCGCAGGUGUGCCGCGGCUGGAACCAGGCCUUCCACAUGCCCGAGCUGUGGAGGUGCUUCGAGUUUGAGCUCAACCAGCCCGCCAGCUCCUACCUGAAGGCCACCCACCCCGACCUCAUCAAGCAGAUCAUCAAGCGGCACUCCAACCACCUGCAGUACGUCAGCUUCAAGGUGGACAGCAGCACCGAAUCCGCAGAGGCAGCCUGCGAUAUCUUGUCCCAGCUGGUGAACUGUUCCCUGAAGACCCUUGGACUCAUUUCCACUGCAAGGCCUAGCUUCAUGGAAUUACCAAAGUCUCAUUUCAUUUCUGCCCUCACGGUGGUGUUUGUCAACUCCAAGUCGCUCUCGUCUCUGAAGAUCGAUGACACCCCGGUGGACGACCCGUCCCUCAAGGUCCUGGUGGCCAACAACAGCGACACGCUCAAACUGCUGAAGAUGAGCAGCUGCCCCCAUGUCUCUCCUGCAGGGAUCCUGUGCGUGGCUGACCAGUGCCACGGCCUGCGGGAGCUGGCCCUCAACUACCACCUGCUGAGCGACGAGCUGCUGCUGGCGCUGUCCUCCGAGAAGCACGUGCACCUGGAGCACCUGCGCAUCGACGUGGUGAGCGAGAACCCGGGCCAGACGCAGUUCCACACCAUCAAGAAGAGCAGCUGGGACGCCAUGGUGCGCCACUCGCCCAAGUUCAACCUGGUCAUGUACUUCUUCCUGUACGAGGACGAGUUCGGCCCCUUCUUCCGCUACGAGAUCCCCGUCACGCACCUCUACUUCGGCCGCUCGGUCAGCAAGGACGUGCUGGGUCGCGUGGGCAUGACGUGCCCGCGGCUGGUGGAGCUGGUGGUGUGCGCCAACGGGCUGCGGCCGCUGGACGAGGAGCUGAUCCGCAUCGCCGAGCGCUGCCAGCAACUGUCCGCCAUCGGGCUGGGCGAGUGCGAGGUCUCCUGCAGCGCCUUCGUGGAGUUCGUCAAGAUGUGCGGCCGCCGCCUCACCCAGCUCUCCAUCAUGGAGGAGGUGCUCAUCCCCGACCACAAGUACACCCUGGACGAGAUCCACUGGGAGGUGUCCAAGCACCUGGGCCGCGUCUGGUUCCCCGACAUGAUGCCCACCUGGUAAAGCCACCAGCCCCUCAGACCCCUCCCCCCCCCCCCCCACACCCUUCUCCCCUUCCUCUCAUCACAGCUGCCCAGCACGAGAGACUGGCGAUCUCCUUUUGGCACUCGCGGAAAGGACAAUCACUACAGAGAGCAUGAAGGGCAGAAAGCAAACUGGUGUUUUUAUACCUUUGUAAAUGUGGUCCAUGGCCAUUCGUGGUCUGAUGAUACUUUCCCCGUCACAGAAAGUCUGAUAAUGAGGUGUUUAUACAUUUGUUUAGAAACUCAGAGUUUGCACCUCCUUUUCUUGACGUUGUGGAGUUAAAGUGGGGUUAAGCCAGAAAGCGGCACCACAAUGUUGGCAUGUGUGGUACCCCGACACUACCAUGUUAAGGAAUAGGGUUCAAGACUGGAAUGCCAUUUCAGAAUGAAGACCCGGGUGUUUUUGUUUUGGAUGAAAUCGUCACAUUGCAAUAUAAAUAUACCGUUUUGGUCAAAGUGUAUGUUAAAAGACUGUCAUAAACCAAGUAGUUCUGAUUACAAACAUGUCUGAUUUGCAAACUGAGUGAAAUUUUGUCGAUACAUUCAGUUUAGUCUCACUGUAUACAUUGUGUAUAGAAGAUUUCUUUAUUAUUGAAAUGAGGGUCAAUAAGCUUGUAAAAUAUUUCUCCAGGGGUGUUUUCAGUAGUGGAUCCCAGAUUUUUCAUAGCAUCUCAAUUCCCCACAAAGGUGAGAAAGAGGGCAAGCCAGUACAUCACAAACCUCCCGCCGUAAAUCACAAAUGUGUUUGUCCCUUUGGUCAUCCUUGGUUUGGAAGUGCUUUUCCAUGCGUAUGGCUGUGUGUGGUUUUGCUUAAGCUGUCUCUCACCGCACGCUCAGAGUGUUGUACUGUACCAUUCUGAUCACCGUGUGCGGGCAGCUCUGCAUGCAUUCGUCCUGUAAAAUUUCAUGUACAGUAUGAGUCCUGAGCAUAACCUAACACUGGUCUGUCUCCUCCAUCUCAAAGAAAGCUUAAAUGAAGUCAUGUCGUGGGUGAAAGGUGUCCGUUUUGUUGUCAUGAGCCAGCAUUUCUUUUCUCUCCUAGUAUACAUAGUUCAAACGUGGCCAUGUUCUUGACUCAGUUUGGAGGGGAAGGGUGAUUCCGGAUGCUUGACGUUAAGUGUUAAUCUUGGUGUGGGAAAUUUAAGAUUAGUAAGCUAAUUGCAACAUUUACAUUAUUUUCUUGUCAAAUUUCUUAUAACAGUAAUGGUGGAGAUGUAUAAAAGUUUAAAAACCCAGGUUUAUAUGUGGUAUACAUAAGAAUUAUGAUGUUUAUAUAGAACUAUAGCACCUUAUAUCUAUACCAAAAUUAUGAGUAGUGUACUUAAUAAUAAUGAGUAAAGAUUCAAAGUAAAAAAAAAUAUUUUUAUAUUUUUUUACUGAUCCUUUAAUCUGUGAAUUUUUUUUUUUGGGGGGGUUCUUUUUUCCAGAUGCUUAUUAGAGUGAAAGAAAAGUGAGGGUCUGGUAGGCCAUGAACAUUGUUUGUGGACUUCUUUGUUGUCUUUAGAACUGAUUCCAUUUAGCGAGAUGAAUCUACCGGCAGAGAAACGGCACCAUAAAGCAAUAAAAUGAUAAAAACAAAAAUGUUUUGAUACUGAGCGCCAUUGUAGUGGCUGAGCGUGGAAAGGGAAGGUGGGGCUUUAGUGGUCCUCUGCAGCUGUGCCCACAGAGGGGAUUGGUUUUGCUACCAUAUUAGCAGUCAGCUAAGCAAGAGGAAGAGAGAGAGACAGUGACAGCAUACAGGAUGAUUUAAUGCAUCUGGAGAUGCAUUAGGAGAGGCAGAUGUGUGUUUCCAGGCGCUAGGUGAGAGUAGUUUAGCCAUUUUUUUUAAAAUCAGAGUUUUCAGUUAAUAUCCACUCUACCCCUUAUCUAUCUAUUCCGGAUUACUUUCUCUCCACUUACACUUGGCUGGUGUUAAUGUGGCCCCACAGCGUGGACGAGAGCAGAAGAAGGAUUUGAGAAAAGAACUGGCACUUCAUUUCUAAGUCAGUGUCUUUUGGCUUUGAGUUGGAGGAAACAAAUUUUACAAAUUUUCCUUUAAGAAGGAAGUCCCCUCUCUUUUGUAUAUAAAAUGCUGUGUGUUUGAAGAUAUACAUAGAAAUGUACUUAUUUCUUUACAGCAGACUUGCUACCAGUUUGAGUCAAGGUUGGGGUCGAUUCCAAAUUCCAGAUUGAAGUUUAUGUGGUCAAUUCCAGUUUGUCUGUAACGAAGUGUGGAAUUCUGAAUCAAACUGGAAUGCCAGAUUUUGGAAAUCAGAUUUCAAUUGAGCUUGACGUUGUGAAGGAAAUUGAAAUGUCAGUUUAAUGCAAAUUCAGGCAAUGUUACCUAAAGUAUUGUUGCACUGCAAUAAUUAAAAACAUUUGAUUCCCCAUCACUCCUAGUUAGUAAUGCCCUUUAUGAAUAGAAUUGGAUACUGGUUAAAGGAUCGAUAGUGUUUACAGAGGACUAUUAACCCAUUAAUGUCUGUUUGCUAAAGACACCACAAAUAUCUACCUUUAGAAGUGAACCCUAAUUUAGUGUAAAUGCAGUAGAUUAUCUGAGGAUUAAUUAGUUUCUGGACUCUUAAAGUAAGAAAGUGGAUACCCUUGCUAAUCAUUAGCAAUUUGAAAUCUGUAUACAGAAAUUGUAAUAUGCCUUCUUGGGUUCCAAAUAUCCAAACGUUCAUAGGUCUGCACUGCAGGGGUGAACAUGAACUAAUACAAAAAUUGAACAACUUUAUAACAAUGCCAAAGCUCUGCUUAAAUUGCAUAAUUCUGUUAGUUAGAAUCAAGGUGGGAUUCGGCUAGGUUAAACUGGAACUGUGGAAGUGGAAUUAAUGAGAAAUGAAUUGCAGUGGAAUUAAAUGGAUGUAGAAAAGGAACUGAGUUAAAACUGAAUAUAUGGAGUUGACCCAAACUUUGGUUUGAAGUUUCUCCCCCAAUAUCCUGUCUUUUAUACGAGAGGGCGGUAAUAAUCUGUUGCCAUUUUCAUUUCCCUUUUAACUCUAUUUGAUUAUCCUUGUAAUUUAUUGACAGAAAACUGCUUUUGUAUUAAUUGGUGGUCUAAUGAUUGUUUUGUGUAUAACUUUUAAGUUACAGUGUAUGAGCAUUGAGUCUUGAUGUAGAUGUGACUGCAUCUAACAAAAAAGUUAUGGUAGCCCAUAUGUUUUCAGUUAAACAAGUGUGUAGCCAUUUAUUGAGUUACUACUCUGUAUAGACUUCCUUAUAACCUUCACUCUGCAGUUCUUAAUCCUGAUUCAGCUCUUUAAUAGUAACUAGCUGUCAUCCUCUGCACAGUUACGAGCUGAGGUGAAAACUGUCCACCCAGCAGUCAUGCUAUAUAAAUUGUCUGAGACUGAAUUCGUCUGAUUGAUUAUUUGACAUGGGAGUUGGAAACAUUUUUGAUGCUGCGCUCUGAUGCGGCUUAACAUUUUUAUCAGACUGAUGCAAAUCAGAGAAAGAAGUACGAGAGAGAGCACUGCUUUAAACUGGUAGACUUCUGCAGUGACAAACACAAAAAAAAACAAACUGAAUUUCUAGAGGCCUCUGACCUUGUCUUACUCUUAAAAAAAAAAAACAACAAAAACAUAUCGUCAGUUACUUUUACACACAUACACACGUUAGUGGCUUCUAGCAUUAGUUUUCCAUCAAUCAUGUUCUAUUUAAGUGAUCCUAAUAUUCAAAUCAAAAUUGGGGAAAAUAUGGAUUUGCAGUGUUAGCAAUGCUUCCCUCUGCACUUUAUUUAGAAAUGUAUUUCGUAAAUGUAUAUAGUAUUCAGAUCAAUUGUUUCCUCUAUGAAAUGCUCUCUGAUUUCCCUGCCGUAAGUUAAGAGUAAUGUAUGCUGGUAUUGAAGCUAGUCUGUUUUUUUCAGGCUUAAUUUUCUGUCCUCUCACUUUGGCUUCAGUAUGGCAAAGGCUUCAUGUAUUUUACUAAAUAGUGUUGUGUCCUGAAACCGAAAACCAAUGUUGUGGAAAUGCUUUUUUUGGAAUAAAUUUUUGUGAAUGUAA